GUGCUGGUGGAGCUGGUGAAUGAUGAGAAUGUAGCCAUGUUACUGGAUGAGCUGAAAGGAUACUGCACUGAUGUCAACGCUGACACUGCCCAGGCUGCAAUCUCAGCUAUAGGUCGUAUUGGACGGAGCUACAGCGACAGAUGUCUAGAGAUCCUUACUGGACUGCUCGGGCUCAGACAGGAGCACAUCACUUCUGUGGUCGUGCAGACUAUGCGUGACCUGGUCUGGGUGUGUCCUCAGUGUAGCGACACUGUGUGUUUGGCUCUCGAAGGCUGCGAGGAGACUCUGCAGGAUUCCCAGGGCAGGCAGGCCCUGCUGUGGUUGCUGGGUGUGUAUGGGGAGCGAGUCUCCAGCGCCCCCUACACUUUGGAGGUGUUCAUUGAUGGAGUGAGGAGCGAGUCCUCUCUGGGAGUCAAGAUGGAGCUGCUGACGACCACCAUGAGGCUGUUUUUGUGCCGGCCUGCUGAGACACAAGACAUGCUUGGAAGACUGCUGCACUACUGCAUAGAGGAGGAGACAGACAUGUGUGUGCGUGACCAGGCGCUUCUCUACUACCGCCUGUUACACUGUGGGAUAGAAGAGACACGUAGGGUCCUUCAGUGUCGGAGGUCAGACCCGUCUCUGGGUGUUCUGAUUGGCCGCCCAGCGGAGCCUAUCAGUCAGUGGGCAUGCAGCUUUAACACUCUGGAGCCUCUGAGACAGGGCGCCGUAGAGACAGAGUCCGCCAGCAGAGGAAGCCCUGAACAUGUGACAUUUGACCCCAAGCCUAACACCGACCUCUCAGGCACACUGAACUGUAGCCAAGGUGACACGGUUCAUGCAGGCACAGACAGUGCUAAUAGAUGUACAAACUCCUUUUCUGAUGUCCUGGCUUCCAGCGAUGCAGUCCCCCUCAGUUUGUCCCUCUCCCCAGCUCUCAGCCCAGAGGAGUUUCAGCGUCUGUGGCUGCAGAGACAGACUGAGCAAGGUGCUGAGAAAACAGAAGAGGAGGAGGAUUAUGUGUGUUUGGAAGAAUGUGUCCAAUGCCCUGCGAUAACUCACUGUUCACCACAGAGCCUUCAGGCUGCGAUGCAGCUGGUCAAUAUCCAGACAUUGGCUUACACGCCACCGCACACACUCCCCUGGAGGGUCUACCUGUACACACACACCCAACGCGCACACUCUGGCAACACACCCCACAGCACGCUCAUACUGGGGGAGCUGCUGUACACUGGAGAGGCAAAUCAGAAAGUAGUUAGUAAGGAAGCUGUAGAGGGCGGGGAAGAGAAGCAGGUGAAAGAGGGAGAGGAGGCCACAGUUGAUGGGCUGAGUGGGAGAGAGUUGGUGAGAAUAAACGGAGAAGAGGAGGAAGUAAAAGUGACUCUGAAGCAGCAACCAAGAGAUGACAAAGCUCUGAAGGGGUUUCUCUCCAUCAUCACCACUGUACUGCACACACUGUCCUCAGAGCAAAAUUAAAUAUGCAUCACAACCACACACAGACACAUCAUCAGCUGAAAUAAUUGAUGCAAGAGAGGAGUCUUAACUGGAGUCAGAAUGUGAUUUAACAAGACCACACUGAAGUAAAGUUCAGCUGAGGGCCACUAAUCUCCUCAGUUUGCUGUUUUUUCAGAGUUGAGCCAUAAUAAGUAGAUUAAAGAAUAGUUGGGGUUAGGUAAAGGUUUGGCCUACUGGGGGCACCAUGGAGGACUAGCCUCACUGCAGUCAGACACAUGCCCUGAUGGAAGCAACCACCUUACUCAUUCACAGAAAGUCGAAACAAGAGUUGUUGAAGAAGACCUGCCAGCUGCUUACUAGUUCAGAGUCAACUGAAACUGACCCAGAGUUUGAGUUACCUUUCUUUCUUUCUAAGUUAACAAACUCAGAGUUUUCACUAAGCGUGCUUUCUGGAACUGAAAGGCAUUAAGAAUACUGUUCUUAUUUCUGUGUGCACCUCUAAGCUCUAACCAGAUGCCUACCCUUGAAUGUAGAUUAAAUUUUACUGGUGUGUGUGUGUAUGUAUGUACAUUGGAGGCUAUCAUGAUGUAAAUGCAAACACAUGAAUUGCCUUAAAACAAUAAACACUUGAUUUCUUUCUGCAC